UGGAAUCUGGAUCGAAUCGACCAGCGGAGGCUACCCCUGGAUGGCGUAUACCGCUUCGGCUCGGCGGGCCAAGGCGUCACAAUCUACAGCGUCGAUAGCGGCAUAUACGUCGACCACAACGAGUACGACUUUGUGGACGGCGAUGACAUGGCGGCUGACUGCGAUGGUCAUGGCACCCACGUUGCCUCAACCGCGGUGGGCCGCAGUGUGGGGGUGGCGCGGGGAUCAAGGCUGGUAUCGGUUCGAGUGUUGGACUGCAAUGGCAGUGGGACCAUCGCAGAUACCGUCGCUGGCCUGGAUUGGGUGGCGCGCAAUGCAAAGCUCCCGGCGAUCGUCAUGAUGUCCCUGGGGGUGCCGGCAGGAUCCUGGUCCGAAGUAUUGUCGGAGGGUGUACGAUCACUCGUACGGAAGCACGGCAUUGUCGUGGUGGUGGCGUCCGGCAAUUCUGCCAUGGACAGCUGCCGCGUGGUGCCCGCGAACGUGCCCGAGAACAAGUUCGGACCGGGGCCCCGGGAGGGUCAGGAGUCCAUGUACCAGUGGGCCAACACGGGCGCCUGUGUGGAUUUGUUCGCGCCUGGGGUGGAGAUAUUCGGGGCUUACCGAUGCUCCGCCAUAACUCCGACGUCGUACACGUGGGCCUCUGGAACAUCUAUGGCAGCUCCGCUGGUAGCUGGUGUAGCGGCGCUGUACCUU